AUGGAGCUGACAUUAUUAUUUCUUCUGAUAGCAUUAUUAUUGAUAUCUCUCUCCACUUCGAGUUCCAUCUCGGAUAACGUGUUCGAAUGUCAGACCUCGGUUAGUGGAAGGAACCUUCUUCAUGCCAAGAAAAAAUGUGAAGUUAACUUUGAGUAUCUGGACUACAAGGUCUUGACAAGGCGGUGCAAAGGUCCAGCGUUUCCAGCUAAAGAAUGUUGUUUGGCGUUUAAAGAGUUUGCAUGUCGUUAUGCGACUGAGAUCAACGACAUGAAUAGUGAUUGUGCACAGACAAUGUUCAGCUACAUGAAUAUUUACGGUAACUACCCUCCUGGUCUUUUCGCUAACGAGUGCAGAGAAAGGAAAGAUGGACUUGUUUGCCCUAUACCACCUCUCUAUUCACCUAACCUAAACGCCUCCUCAACCGCUGAUUCGACCACACCUCGUCUCAUCACGCUGUUGAUCUCUGCUGCGACUGCUGUUUUGGCUUUCUUCGUGCUGACUUGAUCAAUCAAAGGAAAGUGAAAGAGCUAACGAACUGUUCUAUUGACCACUCGUCGUCUCAUCACCUUUCUAUUUCACUUUGAUACCUCAUUAGCUAACAAAAUAGAUAGAAUUCUCAAACUGUUCUGUUACUGACCAAGUGUAGAGACUAGUUUUAUCUACAAAGAAAAGAAAAAACAACAAAAGAAGAAGCGAGACUUAUCUUGAUCAAUUUUAUUACCAGAGGCAAAACUUAUAGCCGAAAUGUUAACAAGAAAAGCCAAAAGCCAAGAAAAACUCAGUUUGCAUCAAAAAUCAAAUGUCAUGUGGGUACA